AUGGCAGCUACUCUAUGUAAAAUUAUACCUUUUCCAAAGGUCAUAACCCUUGAGUCAGAUGACGAUUACAAUGCUUUUUUUGUUAAGGUUUUAAUGGCUUGUAAGAGCUUUUCAAAUUUACAGACACCUGCGGAACUCUAUGCUGAUAUAGGCUGGUUCGUUGACCUAGAAGUUAGUGACGUAGUAGAUUAUAUAGAAUCUUGCCCGCAGCUGAAAAUCGCAAGUUUCGCUCUCGGGAACGAAUUGCUAUCAUCCUCCGUUGCAGAUCGUCUUUGCAAGUGGUUGUCUGCGAGCAAGAGUUUAUCAGAGUUAACUCUUAAAUUCCGUGAUACAACCCCUGAUGAGUGUGACCUGCUGUUUCAAAUUUGCCAUGUGUUGGCUUCAUGUCCAACCCUGACAAAAGUAAAGUUUUCCUUGCCUGGAUAUACUUAUAGCGAGGGUUUUUUCAAUGCACUUGAAACUGGAUUGGCACCGCUGACGUCUGUUAUUCUCGAGCUACUUGGCUCAUUGAAGUACACUGCGACACGAGCCUUACAAAAUUUUUUGUCAAAUAAAUCCCUGAAGUCUUUUUCUCUUUCUGUUGUUGAAGUGGAUGUGCAGGAUUUGCUAGUCGCUGCUGUCAGUGAAGCACUUGCAAGACAUAAAGUUUUAAAAUCUCUUAAUCUACAUUUUGGUGGACCGCUGAGUUCCUCCAGUGCCAAUUUCCUGGAAAAAGGUCUGAUGGAAAAUAGUUCUUUGAAUUAUUUAAGACUAUGUGUCCACGGUGAGCUCCCUGGUAACUGGCAUUCUGUUAUGGAAAAUCUUCGCUUAGCAAAGAAUUCCUCACUUGUUUGUUUUAUCUAUCCAAACACCUGGAACAACAUAGCAGAUAAUCUUUGUCAUCCUGUUAUGGUUAGAAAAGGACUGAAUCUAAAGCAGCACUUUACUGUUAACAUCUGGGGCGAGAUGAGUUGUGAAGCAGCAGAAGCUCUUUGUGAAGCCUUGGCUCUUUCCUCCAUUACUUUUCUCACAUUAAACGUGCGCGGAAAUUUAUCAAGCAGAGUUGCUAACUCCAUUGCAAGAUGCCUGGAAGGAAACCAGACACUGUCAGUCCUGUCUAUCAAUAUAUGGGGCGAGUUGACAACCGAGGAAGGUAUUGUUCUUUCCAGACUUUCAAAAGAAAAUGUAAGCGUUCAGUUAAAUGAAUAUGACGCGCGUAUAGGCCCAGAUGAAUCCAAUACUGUUCUUGAUAUCACCAUGGAUAAUCCUGCGGCAUUGAGAGCGUUUUUCACUAAAGUCAAGGAGAGAAGAAAAGAAAAAGUCAGUCUUACAAUCAAUAACAACGGUUAUGUUACUAAGGAGUGGACAGGUUGCAUAGGUGUUGCUUUGGCAGAGAACACAUUACUGACUUCGCUUGAUCUUACAGUGAACAGCUGCCCCGUGGAUGCAGACUUGGGGGAAAACCUUGGGAAAAGUCUAUUGCGAAGCACUUCUUUAACAUCUCUUAGUCUCUCAUUCAACUGCAGUAACAUGAAAGAAGGAUGGUUAUGCAACCUGGGUGACAGCUUGGACAAAAUGGCAUCUUUAACUUCACUCAGCCUUGACGUGAACUUCUACGGUGAGGACAAGGAACGGGUUGUUUCGACUAAAGUGGUGAAACCAAUCAAAUCAUUAUCAACCCUUUCUGUUAGAAUCCGUAGUGAUAGUAUGUAUUUAAAAGGCAUUGAAUUUGUGGCUGGCUGUUUGAUAGAGUCCUCGUCACUUGAGAAGCUUAGUCUCACAUUCGAAGUGGGGGUCUCGGGUAAUUACGUUUCCGAUGGCCUUGCUGAUGGUUUGGCAACAACAACCUCACUAAAUACAUUCUGUCUGACAAUUUUUUCUCGCUUUUAUGUCGCUGACGCUUAUUCAGAAUUGUUUGCAAGUCUUAAUCACGGUUUUUCGUUAAACGAGUCAGUAAGUACACUGACAUUUACUCUGGCAGUAAAUGAGUUGGAUGCCGAGCAAUUUCCGGAGAUUUUUGGAGAAGGAUUGUCCGCGAACAUGUCAGUAACUACGUUAACUCUCACAAUAAAUGAGUACGGUGAAGGUAAAUCGCAUAUACCCGUGGUUUUAGACAACUCUGGAGUGUUUGACCAUUUGACGCGAAACACAUCAGUUACCACAUUCAAUCUGGCACUUAACAGUAGCAGAGAAGUUAGUGAUGACUGGUUACCAGGCCUUUGCAACGCUGUGAACAAAAACUCUUCGUUGACAACACUGAUAUUGAAAGUGAACAACCAUUGUGCUACAGGUGAAAGUCAUUUAUAUGACUUUAGCAAACUUUUGAUAGAAAGCAGAUCAUUAUCCUUACUUGAACUCGAGGUAAGUUUCUAUGGAAAAGACAGUGGGUGUCACAAGGUGUUAAUUCAAUAG